CUGCUGAUGAAGAAACAGGACAAGUUGCUGAUGCGCCAGUUCAUGCAGAUACGAACGACGAUCAGUCAAGUGAAGGAACAACACGUGACAGCCAUGCGUGGCAGCCCUAGCUACAGCUUGCUGGAGAGUCCCGAUGCCUUCAGCCUGCCGUGCAGUCCGAUGCAGACGCCGACGACGCCGUACGAACGCGCUCGGGCGGCUUCGUGGGCCUGCCUGCCGGGAAUGACCGACUUUACACGAAGAUCGAUGACGUCAGUGAUGAUGUCACCGGACAAGCAGCGCUACUACGCCGCGCUGUCGCAGUCAUGGCAACUAGAGCUGAAUGACCCGAGGUCACCAACAGAGGUUCCUGGCUAGUUCCGGUCACCAACAGAGGUUCCCGGCUAGUUCCGGUCACUCACGGAGGUUCCCGGCUAGUUCCGGUAACUGACGGAGGUUCCCGGCUAGUUCCGGUCACUGACGGAGGUUCCCGGCUAGUUCCGGUCACUCACGGAGGUUCCCGGCUAGUUCCGGUCACUCACGGAGGUUGCCGGCUAGUUCCGGUAAAU